AUGUCCACAAGUCAGUUGAAUUCUUUAGUUUCCUAUAAAACAAUGGAACGUCGACCACACCGAAGUUUUGUAAAAUCAGAAACGCAGUCCUUGUGGCGAAAUAAAUUCAAGGAACGAUGUUUGCAGCGGAUUAAAGAAAAUCGAUUUUUUUCGGUUAAUGCACGAAGACUUGAUUUUUGGAAAAUAUCAAAUAGCAGUGUUGACGAAGACGAA